UGUCCGUUCACAGAAGAAAGAGCGACGUUGCAUGUUACGUCAGUUCUGAAGUCCCUUCUAUUAUUUUUGAAUUUUCCGAACUGAUUUAUUGUGAAUAAAACUUAACUUUUAUGUAAGAAUAUGUUUUUGUCAUUUUACGGUGCUGCAAAAUUAAUAUAAAUAAAAUUUGAUCGAUAAAAUGGAAUCUGAUAGAAUCUUAGUUGCUGCGGGGCUUACUGCUGCCGCAGUCGUUGGUGCUUUUGUGUUUUGGGGCCCAUCUACGAAUACAGCUGGUAGAGGACGUUUAGCAGGUCUUAUUAAUUUAGGCAGAACAUGUUUUUUGAAUGCGGUCCUACAUGCUUUAGCCGCUUGUCCCCAAUUUAUUGCUUGGUUAGAAAAAGAUCGUGAUGUUAGAGAAACCAGUUUGAGAAGUACCUUAGCUACUGUUUUAUCUGUUGUAAAUGGCACUAAUAGGGCUAUUAAAGAGACUGCAGCACCUGUCGCUGUGAUAAAUGCACUCAAAAGAUUGGGUUGGGUUAUCCCCGCUGGGGAGCAAGAUGCUCAUGAACUCUUGAAUAUUUUGUUGACUACUCUUGAUGAAGAGACAAAUAAGAAAACCAGAAAGAUUGGUUGCCUGUCAGACGCUUUGGGCAUGAAUGAAUACGGGGAUUUGGAUGAUUGCGAAGAAUCCGACGAUCAACAAGAUUUCAACACAUUAGGAAGCGUAAUGUCCUUAAACGAGCUAUGUAGACCUAGUAGUCUUCAUUGGCGAGGAGGUGCAAUUAGAAGAAACAGGUGGAUUUCAAGGUCAUGCAGAGCAAUCCAAAUGUCUGGACCUCCUCCACAACCGGCCACCCAUCCCUUCACUGGUACUCUCACCAGUCAAUUGAGGUGUACUGAAUGCGGAUUCAAAUCGAGUGUGCGGUAUGAUAAAUUUGAAAGUUUAUCCCUUGCUCUGCCAUCUGGUUCAGGUGAUUUAGGUUGGGGCAGGCAUAAGUUGCACCAGCUUCUCACUAAUUUUGUAACCCCUGAAGUAAUCGCCGAUGUAAUGUGUGAGGGUUGCAACAUGGAUAGGGAUCCAAGUAGGCCUAUAUUAUCAAAGCAAAUCAAGAUACUCAAUUUUGGGAAGUUGCCAGUGUGUUUAUGUAUUCAUAUUUCUCGUAAUGUUUGGUCUUCAAGUGGUAUAUCUAAGAGACAAGAUUAUGUUCAGUUCCCUAUGAGGCUCUCUUUAGCUGCCUACACAUUUAUACACACCCAGUACCAAAGAAAACUGACUAAUUCUGUUUAUACAAGCACAAGUGAAGGAGGAAGCCCUCUUUCCAGUAGUGUCCCAAUGUCCUGGGGGGCAGGAACCCUGAGUGACAUGAAUGAGUUCAAAAAUGUUUAUCAGUUGGCAGCAGUGGUUGUGCAUACAGGGGACGCCUACAGCGGACAUUUUAUCACUUACAGAAGGGGCUAUCACAACACAAAGUGGUAUUAUACAUCGGAUGUUGAAAUAAGGGAGGUGACGGUAGACGAAGUUCUGCAAUGCGUGGCCUACAUGCUCUUCUACGAAAAAACGACUUCUCUGGGCGUGUUUUGAUUCUUCGGUGUUGUAUUUAACCGACGUCUUGAAAAAUCACGUUGCAUGUUUGUUCCUAAGAAAGUAUUGCUUGUUGUGGCUAUUGUAGAGAAAAAUGAAAAUGUUGACGCCCUAUUGUACUACAAGAAGAAGCGCACAUUGGAUUAUUUGUAUAUUUGCAAUCGAAUGAUGACAUUCCAGAUAUUUUAAGUAGUGAAUUUUUACACGAAGAUUUAAGUUGAAGUUGAGUUAAUAAUAUUCGUGAAUAAAAAUAAAUUAAGAGUUUUGGUUGAUUGAACGUAUCUGUUGAUUUAUGAUUAUGUGUUCAAAAUACAUAACUAAGUGUAGAAUAAAAUCUUAUUGCCUAAUUGUGAUGUAUUGAAUGUAAAAUCUUUUCUGUAGUCAUAAGAUGAUGUAGUAUUUUAUCAAAACAGCUCCACCACUAGUGAACACUCCACAUGUUAAGUGCUGCAAAUUUUUCUUUUAUUUCACAUGUCAUAUGCAAUUAUUUUGAACACUAUGAAAAGAUUUUGCGCAACUUUAUAUACUCAAUGUAUAUGAGAAUACAUAGCAGCUUGUAAUAAUCAUCUCACGAUGAAUUUUAAAUUGAACUCAAGAAAUUAUAAAAGAUUGAAAUUUUAUUAAUAAUUUUGUGGUUUCAGAAAUUCUGGUGAUGCAUUAAAUUGUUGAAUUCUGUGA